AUGAAUCUGAUAAUAUUGAUAACUAUAAUUGCUUUAGUUCACGGGAACCAAGAAUUGGAAGUACUAAAAGAUAAUGUGCACAAUGCAUCCCAACUCGUAGUCGACUACCAAACCAACACACUGUUUUUCAGUCACUCUUCUUUGUUCGAAGGGAAAACAGUUCUUAAAUCCGCUUACUUGAACCUUAACACUAAAGAGUUCGGAGAAAUAUCCGGCAUCAAUUCGGGCGUAGCUACUGCAUAUGAUAGAAGAAAAAACGUUGUGUACCUUGGUGGACAGGAUGGGAUAUAUAAAUUUAAUCACGCAACGAAAUCUGCAAAGAAUUUGCGUAUCACAAAUUACAGCAUAAGGCAAAUGUUUCAUAGUCCCACCCACGGUCUUUUCUUCACGACUUUCAAUCCUGAAGAAAAAGCGUUUGUCUACUCCUACGGUCAAGUAGGAGAUAUUGUACCUGAACUGACCGACAUCAAAACAAGUUUAAUUGCAGUCAGCAAAAAAUACAAUAUAUAUUUUGCUAAUUCCGCUGGCAUCUUUGUGCUGACAAAUAUCAAUGGAGUCUUGUUCAAAGUACAUUUACAUGUUAUUCCUGUUAAUGGAUUCGCAAGUGAUUUUGACGAUAGAUUAUACUUUUCAACUCCGAAUGCUAUUUUUUUCAUCAAUGAAAAUGGCGGAAUAUUGGAAGAAGUCUUCAGGGUGGAAGAAAGUGAAACUAUUUUGGGACUAGCUUUUACCGCAGACGGUAAUAUGAUCUACGCUUUAGAUGACAAAAUAAUGAUGAAAAAAAAAUAA